AUGAAGCUUCUCCUCGUUGUGUUUGCCCUACUCAUCUCCAGGGACACAGCACUGGCAGGCUUGAAUAUAAUAUCAUCAGAAAUGUACAAGAAAUGCUAUGGAAAUGGCACCUGCAGACUUGAGUGCUAUGGAAGUGAAAUGCUAGUUGCCUAUUGUAGGCUUCGUUUGGAGUGCUGUGUCAAAGGAAACCCUGAGCCCUGA